CCCGUAAUGAGGAUUGUCCCCUUUCGGCCUCCGUCCGCCCCCUGGCGUUACGGUGCGCACGGUUCCGCGUCCCGGGAGGAAACUGCGAUGGCGUUCCGGUGUCAGCGGGACAGCUACGCCAGGGAGUUCACCACCACCGUGGUGUCCUGCCGUCCAGCGGAGCUGCAAACCGAGGGAAGCAAUGGCAAGAAGGAAGUGCUGAGCGGUUUUCAGGUGGUGCUAGAAGACACGCUGCUUUUCCCCGAGGGCGGGGGACAGCCCGAUGACCGUGGCACGAUCAAUGAUGUCUCUGUGCUGAGAGUGACCCGCCGGGGGGCCCAGGCUGAUCAUUUCACGCAGACGCCCCUGACCCCUGGGACUGAGGUCCAAGUCCGGGUGGACUGGGGGCGGAGGUUUGACCACAUGCAGCAGCACUCAGCGCAGCAUCUCAUCACAGCGGUCGCUGACCAUCUGUUCGGGCUGAAGACGACGUCGUGGGAGUUGGGGCGACUCCGCUGUGUGAUCGAGCUGGACAGCCCCUCCGUGACGGCAGAGCAGGCAGCCGCCAUCGAGCAGAGUGCCAAUGAAAAAAUCAGGGACCGGCUGCCCGUGAACGUGCGAGAGCUGAGCCCAGACGACCCUGAGGUGGAGCAGGUGAGGGGCCGGGGUCUGCCGGAUGACCAUGCCGGGCCCAUUCGAGUUGUCACCAUCCAGAGUGUUGAUUCCAACAUGUGCUGCGGGACCCACGUGAGCAAUCUCAGCGACCUCCAGGUCAUUAAGAUCCUGGGCACUGAGAAGGGGAAAAAGAACAAAACCAACCUGAUAUUUGUGGCUGGGAGCCGGGUGCUGAAGUGGAUGGAGAGAAGCUACGGGACCGAAAAAGCACUGACCGCGCUGCUUAAGUGUGGGGCAGAGGAGCACGUGGAGGCCGUGAAGAAGCUGCAGAACUCCGCCAAGCUCCUGCAGAAGAACAACCUGAACCUGCUCAGAGACCUGGCUGUGCACACCGCCCACCGCCUCAGGGACAGCCCCGACUGGGGAGGGGUGGUCACAUUACACAGGAAGGAGGGGGAUUCUGAGUUCAUGAACAUCAUCGCCAACCAGAUCGGGUCAGAGGAGACGCUCCUGUUCCUAACUGUGGGCGACGAGAAAGGUGCUGGCCUCUUCCUCCUGGCAGGGCCAGCCGAGGCCGUGGAGACCCUGGGGCCCAGGGUGGCUGAGGUGCUGGAGGGGAAAGGAGCGGGGAAGAAAGGCCGCUUUCAGGGCAAGGCCACCAAGCUGAGCCGGCGGGCGGAGGCGCAGGCGCUUCUCCAGGACUACGUGGGCACCCAGAGCGCCGAGGAGUGAGGGCUCGGAGCCUGCCUGCGCUCCUGCCACCGUGAACGAACGGGCCGCUGGUGUCCCCAGAAAGAGUCUCUUGGACAAUAAAGUAGUUUGACUUGUGGUG